AUGAAAUCAAUGUUGAAGACGAUGUCCUGCUUUGGGCGAGUUAUCAUACCAUUUCAGUUACGAGAGGUGAUAUUGAAGGAGUUGCAUGCUACCCAUUUAGGAAUUGUUAAAAUGAAGUAUCUUGCGAGAUCUUACUUUUGGUGGCCGUCCUUGAAUGAUGAUAUUGAAAGUGUUAGUAAUCAGUGCAACAUAUGGCAACGCUUGCAAUCAUCGCCGGCCAAGGCAGCGUUACAAUGUUGGCAAAUACCCGAGGGCAUUUGGUCGUGGAUACAUAUAGAUUUUUUUGAACCGAAGAAAAACAAUUUCUUUUUGAUUGUCGUUGAUGCCUUUUCCAAAUGGCUUGAAGUAUUUCCGAUGGCAUCUGUUACCACUAACAUGACUAUUACAAAGCUGCGAGAACUUUUUUCUAGAUUUGGAUUGCCUAAGACUAUUGCAAGUGAUAAUGGUCCCCAGUUAGUGUCAGAAGAAUUUAAACAAUUUGCAAAUGUUAAUGGUAUUAAACUAAUAACUAUUCCGCCUUAUGAACCUCAUUGUAAUGGUGCAGCUGAGAAUAGCGUAAAAACUGUUAAAAUUUUUUUGAAAAAGGUUAGUGAUCAAAAGAACUGUAAUUUACUAUUAGCUCAAUUCCUUAUGACAUAUAGGAAUACUGUUCACUGUUCUACUGGUUAUUCUCCUGCUAAAGUAUUUUUAGGUCGUUCGUUGAGAACUCGAUUUGACAUGCUUAGACCAAGCUCAGUCCAAGACAAUGAAAAAGUUGAACUUGAAAAUGUUUACCAAAACAUACAACGUUCUCAACGAAGAAACGUAAAAUACUUCAGAGGAAAUAGGAAAGUAUGUUUUAAUAUUGACCAAAUUGUGUUGGUUAAAGAUUAUCGCGAUAAACAAGUAACUUGGUGUAAAGGACAAGUUGUUAAAAUUUUAGGGAAAAACGUUUACGUUGUUCGACCACUAGAUUCAAAUUUCCUUUGGAAAAGACAUACUAAUCAGAUCAGAGAACUAAAUGAUGAUUAUUCGUUGGUCUACCCACCCUGCGUGGAGCUACCGCACACUGUAAACGUUUUUUCCAAUAGUGAUGGCGCCAGCAAUACUUCUGCCGGUAGUUCGGUUGAUGAUGUGUUUGUGGAUGCCGGAAUCGCGGAUAGUGAACGCGUGGAUGUCAGUGACUCGGAUUCUAGCUCCAUUGGUGAACAGGCUGAACUUACACGACCCAUACGUAUCCGUAAGGUACCGGAUAGGCUCCAAUACUAA